CGCGAUCUUUCUCGAACCUUCGCCACUCUUCUCGUCUCCUUCCCCGCUUCGCGAGUAUUCUCCCUUCUUCCUCUAUCUCUCCGUUCUUCACCUCCUAUCCUUUCUCUCUUAAAACUGACCAUCUCGAUUUCUCAAUUAGAAAACACGGAGUCCAAGCGAAGAAGAAGCGAAGCACAAGAACCAGAGGAAUCGAAGAAGAAGAAGGGCACCAGAACCGAAGCCGGCAGCAGUAGCAGCAGCUCCGGAAUGGGAAUAGACUAUUACAAGAUACUUCAAGUCGAUCGAAACGCAAAAGAUGAUGACUUGAAGAAAGCGUACCGCAAGCUCGCCAUGAAAUGGCAUCCCGACAAAAACCCUAACAAUAAGAAGGAAGCCGAGGCGAAAUUCAAGCAAAUUUCUGAGGCCUAUGAGGUCUUGAGCGAUCCCCAAAAGCGUGCUGUGUAUGAUCAGUAUGGGGAGGAAGGGCUUAAAGGCGGUGUUCCUCCGCCGGCGGGAGGUGGCGCCGGACCCGGUGGCGCGACUUUCUUCACCAGCGGCGAUGGGCCUACCGUGUUUAGGUUUAAUCCGAGGAACGCUGAUGAUAUCUUCUCUGAGUUCUUUGGAUUCUCGAGCCCUUUUGGGGGCAUGGCUGGGGGAAAUGGGAUGAGAGGGGGCACUAGAUUUUCGAAUUCGAUGUUUGGAGAUGAUCUUUUCGGAUCGGCGUUCGGCGGUAUGAGAGAGAGUCCGAUGGAAUCGCAGCGGCAGCAGAAAGCGCCGCCGAUUGAGAACAAGUUGCCUUGCACCCUUGAGGAUUUGUAUAAGGGGACCACAAAAAAGAUGAAGAUUUCCAGGGAGAUCGCUGAUAUCAGCGGGAAAACCAUGACAGUGGAGGAAAUCCUAACGAUCGACAUAAAACCUGGAUGGAAGAAAGGAACCAAGAUUACAUUCCCUGAGAAAGGCAACGAGCAGCCCAACGUCGUUCCGGCCGACAUCGUCUUCAUUGUUGACGAAAAGCCUCAUGAUUCCUUCAAAAGGGAUGGAAAUGAUCUCAUUUUCACACAGAAGAUCUCCCUAGCUGAAGCUCUUACAGGCUACACAGUUCAUCUCAAAACUUUGGAUGGAAGAACACUCACCAUACCCAUAAACUCCAUUAUUCAUCCUGGAUAUGAAGAGGUGGUGCCAAGGGAAGGCAUGCCAAUACCAAAAGAUCCUUCCAAGAAAGGAAAUUUGAGGAUAAAGUUUGAUAUUAAGUUUCCAGCAAGGUUAACUACAGAGCAGAAGGCAGGGAUUAAGAAGCUGUUGCCUCCAUGAAAGAAUGAUCCAGCUGAAGCUCAGAGGACUGUAAGUUUUUCUGCAUUUUAUGAAUGUAGUGAGCAUAGUAAAGACAAUUAUUAUGAGAGACUGAGAGUUGGUUUGUAAGUUUCGUUCUGGAGAGCUGAAUUCAAGUAAUGUAGAGUAAAAUAUUUUUUCUUGCUUGAUUCAA